AUGCGGUUCGACGAUUGGGAUAUUCUGCUCUUCCCCAGAGAUUGCAAAGUGCCAGUCAAAGAGUUCAAAGUUGCCUGUCAUGCGAUUCACGAUACCGAAUUCUUCAACUCGCACGGCUCAUUUGGGCUGCCCACAGUCUGCGGUUUCAUUCCGAGUUUAGCUGCUGGAACUCCUUUCCAAAUUUCAAUCCAUUCUUGGUCUGCUCCGUCUGUCAGCCAAUUUACCAGGUGUUACAGUAAAUAUGGUGAAUGUGCCAACUUCGAGGCUCGAGUGUUUAUCGACGGGCAACUGGUUGCUUCUGCGUCUCUCGAUAGAGAAAGUGAUUGGCCACACGUUAUUAUUCACAGUUUUGGAGUUUCAAAGAGCGGAGAUCUAGAGCCUCUUCGGUUCCCAAGCUUUCGUCAGGAGCUUCUUCGACAAAACCAUUGGAACCCGGCCGAUGAUUUUGGUCGGAUCAAAAUUGUAAUCAGCGAAGGGUUUCCCCGAGACUCUCUUUCUAUGCCUAUUGAACGGGUUAAGAAUGUUGUCGCUUUCUCUUUUCAACAUGCGCCUCUCGAAAUUCUUGAAGCUUCCGGCAUCGCCUGGCCAAACCCAUCAAUGUGGAGACGAAUUCCAGUUGCCACAUCGAUGAUGGUCCCCGUCUACCCUUCUGACGACACUGAAUCGCACGCUCACUCGCCGAGAAGAAAGCAUAGCCGAACCAAUGCAGGGCUGACCAAAUCUUCGACAGAAAAUGUCCAUAGGAUUAUAACCAAUCGGCCCCUUCGACAUGGGCAGCGGAAAUCUAGUAUACAGAGCGGCAGCAGUCGCUCUACUUCUGGGAGCACCAGCACCGGCACAAUGGAGACUGUUAAUGAUUCGGAUGCAUAUUUUGAGUGGUUGAACGGUAUGGGCCUCGGCAUGCUUGAUAUGUAUCGACUUGGACAACAAGAACCUUUCCCGGAAAUAGGACACAAUGAAAGAGAAUUAUCCAACGUCCACGCCCAGGGCCACAUGCCAGGUAAAUCAUCUUACCUGGGCCAAAGAUUUGACUUGCAUGAGCUUGGAGACGAAGAAGGAAGCGAUAAUGUUGGGUACUUGGAAAUGCCCAGUGAAGCGCUGAAUUUCGAAACAGCAUAUAGCCAAGACAUGCAAGGUACGGAUGGAAAAAAAAGAGCCGAAUUUACAUUUGAUAAUGACCUUGGCUAUGAGCGCAUAGGGCUAUUUCUGCCUCGGCUUCCGCAAGAUAAUUCUUUAUCGAUUGAUUUGCAAAACACUUUGGCACAUUCCCUGCUUAAUCAACCAAUGCCUGCUCAUAUGCUGGCUAACAGUCUUCAUACUACCCCUAUUCCGGAGUUGAGGCUACCCAGAGAAGACUGUAUCCCUCAAACGGCGGGCCCUUCCCCUUCAACCGCGUCCUCAGCCUCAGCUUCUCUAAAAGAUCAAUGUGAAGCAGGCACGGUUGCAUAA